CAUCAAAUUACAAAUUCACUUGAUCUCUCUUCUUCAUCUCUCAGUACGUGAUUAUUUUCCAUAGGAGAUCAAUUAAACAAAGAAACAAUGAUGAGUUCCAUGGGGCUUGUGAUGUUAUUGAUUUGUAGCUCAGUUCUCUUGGAAGCUACGGUGGCUUAUCAGUAUUCCAUGCCGUCGUCCCUGAGAGUCGGGUUCUACAAAUGGACUUGCCCAUCAGCAGAGAAGAUAGUGAGGGAUGUGGUGACCAAGGCCGUGUUUCAGAAUCCUGGGAUCGCUGCUGGCCUCAUUAGGAUGCAUUUCCACGACUGCUUUGUCAGGGGCUGUGAUGCGUCUGUGCUGCUUAAAUCCACCUUAAAUGAUGCAGAGCGCGAUCACCCAGCGAACAACCCUAGCCUACGCGGCUUCGAGGUGAUCGAUGCGGCCAAAACCAAGUUGGAGUCCAUUUGUCCUCAAACAGUCUCAUGUGCGGACAUCAUCGCUUUCGCUGCACGUGACAGCACCUACAGGGCCGGGGGAAUCAACUAUGCUGUGCCGGCAGGCAGACGGGAUGGUACAAUCUCCCGGUUCGGCGAGGUCACUCUCAACCUACCUCCCCCAACCUUCAAUGCCAAGCAGCUGGCUGAUAACUUUGCGAGUAAGAAUUUGACCCUGGACGAGAUGGUGACGCUCUCGGGUGCCCACUCCAUCGGCGUCUCGCGAUGCUCAUCUUUCUCGAACCGUCUCUACUCGUUCAACCUGACCCAUGCCCAGGACCCAUCCCUGGACCCUACCUACGCCGCCUUCCUGAAGAAAAAGUGCCCAGCCCAGACAACUGGCGAUGCUGCCAUUAAUGAUCAGGCCGGCCAGAUAGUCGUCCAACUGGAGACGAUAACGUCGAACCAUCUGGACAACUCGUACUACAAGGCACUGAAGCAGCGGCGGGGCCUCCUGACCUCAGACCAGGCACUGUUCGACAGCCCACUGACAGCACGAUUGGUGGGAGAGUACGCGAGAAACGGAAGCUCUUGGGGAACCCAGUUCGCGAGGGCUAUGGUGCGGAUGGGCUCUAUCGAGGUCCUAACCGGUUCGCAGGGUGAGAUCAGAAGGCGGUGCAGUGCUGUGAAUUGAAAAAAAAAAAAAAGUGUUACUGAAAGGAGCGUGCGUUCAUUGGUUUCGUGUGGGAGCAAUUUUUUCUUUUCUUACUUUUUAUUUUAUUUUAUUUUUUGCUCCCAAAAAAUAAAUAAAUAAAUAUAUAUCAUGGGAUUCA